ACCCACGGCCUUGCCGGUCAACGACGCGCCACAGCACGGCCAGGCACAAAACAACAACAUCCAAAGCCCUCUCCCAAGCAGUUGCUCGAACGAGACUUGAAAACGGCCAUCGUCUCUCUGCGCGUCACCACCUCCAACGACGACCCACGACCGCGACCAUGGACCAGGCCUACAAGCAACACUCGAACCCGGCUCGCCGCAAGAACCGCUCCUCGACCAAUCUCAACCACCUCUCCCUCGCUCCCCUCACCUCCAAGAUGCCCCUCACCGACCACGACGACCUCCCAGACUCGGUCACCUCCCCCGUGUACCACACCCCGAGCUACCUGCAGGGGAAAUCCGCCCCCACAACACCUCGCCUCCUCUCCCGCUCGGCCGCCCACACACGCUCAAACUCGCCCCGGCGCGCCGCCGCAUCCUCGGGUCUCACCGGGUCCGGGUCCAGCGACACCGUUGCACUUCCUAAGAGCAAGUCAGCCUCGCACCUCUACCAGCCUGCCCAGAGGAGCAAGAGCAGAAAACCCACCUCCGGCACAGUCACACCUGGGGGCCCUGCUUCGCGGCGGCGGAAACCGGGCUUCCACGACGACAACAACAACAGCGACGGCAGCCGCGCCGCCCUCGACCGGACAGACAGCGACUGGCUCCUGCGCACCGGUGCCCUAAUUGGCAACGAGACGCGCGAGUUCAAAGGCCAGUCCUGGCUCGUCUCGCGCGCGAGCAACACUAGCCUCACGGGGAUCCGCGAUGCGGAGGAGGAAAUGUACGAGCGCGAGCUGGCGCGGGAGAGGGAGCUGGCGAGCAGGCAGGGCAGCCGGCGGGGCAGCUUCACGCUCCCGGGCAUGGACGAGGACAUGGUGUCGCCGGGAAGCCGGUAUGGCGGCAGCAGGUCGCACAGCCGGAUGGGCAGCAGGAGCGCUCUGGCAAAGACGCCGCUCAGGACGCCGCUGCGGACUCCGCACCACGAGAGACACGGCGAUUCCGAGUACUUCAACAACCAGGGCCUGGCCGCCGACGAGUAUGGCGCGGGCCCAGACUUUGUUGGCCUCGACGAGAAGCUCGAAGCCGCCAUGCACAGGGAGGCGGAGGAGCUGGACGAGGAGACGGUACGGCGGCUGGUCAAGCGGGACUCUGGCGCUAAGGCAUCCUGGAUGGGCAAUCUGAUCGGCUGGUCGCUCUUUUCUGUCGAGGAGAACGAGGAGGAGUCAUCCGACGACGACGACGACGAAGAAGACCUCACCGAUGGGGAAUCAGACGCCCUCGCGCGGACCACUAGCACCAGGAGCUUAAGUGAGGGUGCGCUCGCCCGCGAGUCUGGCAUACCCCCACCAAAGGCGAACGAGGGCGGUUGGCAGGAUGCCGCGUGGUUGUUGAGCGUCGCGACGAAAGUGCUAUUAUGAGCCUGAGCGUUUCGUUGGGCUAUGCAAUGUGCCGUAACGAGGGAAACGCAUUCCCCAGCUUUAAUAGCUUGUAAUAUUUUGUUUUCCGGCCUGGGAUUUUUCAAGAAUGACAAGUUCAGUUUCACCGCUGUCAACACAUUGUAUCAUGUUUGAAGUCACAUACACUGUGCUGCUUGAUCCGCAACUUGACAUGCUCGGGGUCUGGUAUCUCUACUCC